UGAAACCGAAGGAGAGAGAAACAAAAGCGAACUCUUCAAUUUUGAUAUUGACGACACAAAAACCGUUCUCAGGAAUCACCGGAAUCGCAUCAAUCACCCUCUCGCUAGUAUGCUGUUGCAUCUGCAAUGGCAAGCAUUAAAGGAAAGAGCAUCUUAAUUCACCUUUCUUCAUCCUCUUCUUCCGACGAUAAUGGCGACGAUAUCGACAGCGCCUCCGAUUCAGCUUCAUUGUCAAGUGGAGAUGAAUGUGAGUCGAGUGACGAUGAUGUUUAUGAGGUGGAUGAAGACGGAUCCGAGGAGGACGAAGAAUCGAAUGAAAAAUUUGAUAAUGAAUGCCAUGGAGCUGAAGAUGACGACCUUUCUCUCUCUAACCGAGUCAUUCAGUUUCUUCAAGGAAGACGGGAUUUGCAAGGGCUAAGUCUUAAAGCAUGCAAAGCAUAUUUGAGAAGACAUGGCCUUAGAGUGUCUGGGAAUAAGGAUGAGUGUGCUAGUAGGGUACAAGAGCACUGGAGGAUAAAAGAUGGGAAAGCUGAAAUUCUUUACCCAAGGUCAUCCUUCGUCAUCAAUUGCACAGGUGACGUUUGCAAGGGUGAUAUUGUCCUCUUCAAACAAAAAGUCUAUGGCAGUGCAAGGAAAGGUAAACUUCGGGGGAAACGAACAGUUGCUGGACGAGUCGUGAAAGAAAGCUACGGUGCAGAAAAGCAACAACAUACAUUCACGGUUGAGGUGCUAUGGAGCCAGGGAAUGAGGAAACUAUCUCCUCUUUUUCCUUUGCUCAUCAAGGGCCGGAAUCUCUAUAGAUUGAAGACCUACAGGCAGCCGUGGAAGAACGAGGGGGAAAGAAGAAAAGUUCUUGCAGAAAAGCAUAGACGAGGGACAGCUGCACGAUGCAAGAGAGAAAAGAGGAAGAAUGCUUUGUCUACUGAUAAAGGAAGGAAAUCUCGGAAGAUAUCUGAACUUGGAAGGCCAUUUCAGCCGAGUUAUCCUAAAGGAGGUGACCAUUUUGGUUCUAGGCAAGGGGCCUCCUCCUCGGAAACCACCAUUCGCAAUAGUAAGCAGCGUAAUGUGAAACAAGGAGCUGUCGAAAAUAUUAGUAGAGCUAAAUUCUCCAGACCUUUCCCAACCCCUCAAAAGCUAGUAUCCCGGGUUGCUGUACCUUCCACAUUGCAGUCAUGUGAUGGUGCUUCCCAAAGAUAUUCCGAAUCACUAGUAAGACCGUACUAUAGGGUUGAGCCUUUUGGUCCACAUUUUGCAGAAUUCCGGUGUGAAAUUCCUUAUCAUAGUCCGAGGAUGGUGCCUGCAGCACAAAAUGGUGUUUACACUAAUAGGUCCUUCUGUAAUCCUUAUGAUAUUCCACAACCAUGGGAGACUCGUGUGGACUAUAGGCAGCUCACCCCUCCAAGAACUGCACGUGGACAAUGGAUGAAUGGUCUUUUGAACUGCUCGAUUUGCGGGUGUAAUCACCAUGGAUCUAAUAGAUGUGCCAUUGCUGCAUGUUGGAGAUGUUGUCGAAGGGUGAGGAUGGGAGAAUGCAAUGUCCAUAGAUGACGACUAUCUCUACGGCGCUGCUUGGCUGCCUUAUCCAUAUCUUUUGAGCAUCUCUUUUCCCUGGUGAAUGUUUAUUAACAAGCCUUAUUGCUGAGAUGGAUGCGGUUUGAACUUUUCAUCUCUACAAGGUGCUUGUGUCUGAGGAUUUAGCUUAUGCUGUGGACCUUUUUGCCAAUUUGCUGAAUGCUUUUCAUCGUCAACCUGGUAUGUAUUUUUUUUUUCUUUUCCGGAUUGUAAUACCGUGACAUCUUGUCAGUUAUUUAUGGUAUUUCAUUGAAAAUAUGCAGAAGAACAAUACGAAGUACUAAACUAUUCACAAGCUUGUUUUAAGUCAUACUACGUAGGAGAGUAGAGAUGUAGAGCUCCAGCAAGUUCUAGUCGUAACAAACGGUGAUCCACUGCAUUUUCACGUGUAGUUUAGAUCACUAUUGUCUUA